AUGGAUUUAUUGCUAAUAUUUUAUGCUGUGGCAGCUGUUCUUUUCGUUCUUUUAAUGCUUUUUAUGAUCACCUUGCUUACCCUCAGUUGUUUACAUAUUCUUAGGAAACAUAAAAUUGCGUGGAAAAGCUCGGUCAGUUCGUUGAAUUUGGUACCCAGAUCACUGGAUAUGGCAUUUGAUGGUAUUAUCGAACAGAUUGAUGUAGAUAGGAUAAUAAGUCGUCGUCAGGAAAGGCUAGCGGAAUCUAUUAAUUCAACGAAUAAAAAUGAAGAUCGAAUACAUCCAUUAGAACAUAUUGAUAAUGAUACAGCAACAGUACUUGCUGUAGAUCAGUUGUUAGAUACUUCAUUUCUUAUAUCCGAUGAGGAACUUGCCUGCUAUGCACCACCUGUUGAUAUGAAGAUUGUUGCUGCUCGUAGAGAUCAUGUUUGA